AUCAAUAUUCAAUAAACUUCCGAGAAUUGUAUUUAAAUUUAGAUUAAACAUUUAUCAAAUACAUGUACUGAUUUUUUUUAAAUUGUGUUAAUAAUAGACGGUUAUUUAAAAUGCAAGAUCCUAAAAUCAAGCCGAAGAAGAUGAUAAACAUCGAAGCUGACUGCGUUAAAGCAGUGAACACGUACAUGCAAGUUAAAGCUGAGUCGAACAAUUUUAUCAAAAAAUUUCCAGAAUGGGAUACGUUACCGAAAACACUUGACAAUGAAUUAAUAAUAGCUAUUCGCGAGCGAGAUGCAGCAAAAACCCGCCUGGAAAUCAAACGCAAAGAAAAAAAAGCGUUUGACCGGGAGAUGAAGGAAAAGUGGAAAGAUCUAGAGCAGAAACUUAAAGAACUGCGAGAAGAAGAGUUGAGACACGAACAGUUUUCUUCGGAAAACGAAUUGAAAUGCGAAAUACUCACGAGGAAGACAAACGAAGAUAACGAAGAAACGAAACGCUACGAACAGCAAACCGUACCGAUGCAGCAAUCAAUAUUAAAGCUCGAAGAGGCCGCCGAUGGGAUGCAACGUAGCGUGGAUGAGUUAAAGCCGUUCGAAGAUUUUCUCGAAAAAGUAGUGGAGGAGUCGAAAGAGUUUAGAAACAUAGAUGACGUUAUAAAGAGAUACGAAAACUUGAUCAACAUACGGAAGGAAUUGGCGCAAAAACACGAAAAGAAGACUGAGGAUUUGAAACGGUUGACGACGGACGUGUUCAGACGUUCAAAGGAAACCAGCGAAGAAGCUGAGCACGUGUCUGUUGAAAUGGCCGAUGUCGUCGAAUCGUUGGGAAAACUGAAAGACGAGAUGAUCAAGACCGACCUGGCUUAUCGAAAAAUUGAAAAUGUGGCCAAAGAAAAGAAAAUUGAGGGUGACUUGGUGGCCGCAUCUGUGUGGAAUAUCUAUAAACAAAUGUGUCGACGCGUAAAAAAAUCUGUGCCUAACAAAAUACCAGACAUAGAAACUCAAUUGGCGUUCAUUGCCGAAGAAUACCAACAGUUGGCUAAAGUAUUGAAUAUGGCCGAGAAAAUCAAAGAAAAAAUGAACAAAAGGGAGAUUCUGAGAAACUGAAAAUAAAUUGUGCUUGGCAUGUUGAUGAUGAUACAAUAAUACAAUACUCAAUAUUAUAGGAAAAAAGGCACACAGUACUAUAUUUGAGUAAAAUAUAUUAUCAAAUCCUAACGAGGUAUACCUAUGUAUAUUAUAUAGAUAUUUUAUGUUAACUAUAAUAUUAUGUAUUAUCGUUUGCAUGAUAUCUAUAUAUUAGGUACCUAUUGUAGAUUAUAUUGAUUAUAAAAAUGUAUACCUAAUUUUAA